GGAAACCACCGGGUCGCCUUUCCACAGCGCGGAGGCGCGUAGAGAGAAGAGCUGAGCAGAGCCGGGGAGAAGCAAUACAAAAGAAGAGGAAGUGCUCCUCAUUUCUUGACCACAGCACUGGUAAUUCCCAUUUUCAGAAAUAAAACUUUGAUGCAGAGGUGUGUGGAUGACAAUAAGAAGACUGCUUCGCUCUUGAGGAAAAGUAAUAUUUGGCAAAAAGCAUGGCCACGGAGGAUAUUAAACUCAUGCCGAGUGUUCAUGAUGAGGUUCUGAGCGCUGAUGCUUCAGACAAGAAGAAGACGGGCAAAUUCCAGCCUUUUAAGAAGUUGUUUGGCAGAAGAAAAAAGAAAGAAGCUCCCUUGUCCCGGGAGAUUUCGGGGGCAACACAGAAUCACCCUUUCCCAAAUGCCUGCAAUGGUGCCUUCUCUUCCGAUGAGGAGACCCUUGGUGAUUCUCUAAGGUCCUUCAGCUCUGCUAUGGGAACCCGGGCAUUUUCCCAUGACAGUAUUUUUAUCCCUGAUGGGGGAGCAGAAAGUGAGCAGACAGUUCAAGCAGUAUCACAGGACAACAUUCUGGGCAAAGUCAAAACUCAUCAGCCACAGUUGGUCAAGAACAUCAAGUGUGGGCAGUCCCCACCACCCACAGGCCUUCCUAUGAAGAGGACAGACACUCCCAGUCCGGAGACUAGCUUAGAAGAGGAUCUGUUCCUGAGUAGUCCCAUGGAAAUUGUGACCCACCAGGAUUUAAUGCUCUCCGAUAGUGAGAAUAAAUCCAGUGAUACUCCAACUUCCUUAAGCCCUUUGAAUUUACCUGGAACAGGGAGUGAAAUGGAGGAGAAGGUUGCUCCAGUUAAAUCAUCUCGGCCAAAGCGACAUUUCUCCUCUGCUGGCACCAUCGAAAGCGUGAACCUCGAUGCCAUUCCUCGGGCCAUUGCUCGCCUGGACAACAGCGCAGCCAAGCACAAGCUAGCUGUGAAGCCAAAGAACCAGAGGGUGUCCAGGAAUCACAGGAGAUUGUCCAAAGGCCGGCAAAAUGAUCAAGAAAGCUUUGAGAGUCAGCUGUCCCUAGAUCAGAAUGGACACUCUGGAGAAGAAAAACGAACUUGGCAUGAAGAAGAACUCAAACCCCUUGAUUCAGAAGAAGAGAAAAGACAGCAAGAGGAAUACUGGAGACACCUUGAGGCUGAAUAUAGAAGACAAAAGGCAGAAAAGAAGCGACUAGAAGAGCAAAGGCUUCAGGAAGUAGAGAGGAGGCUUUGGGAAGAGAAUGCAAAACCUCUUCUGGAGGAGGAAGAAGAGGAAAAACAUCCAGAAGGUCAGAGUCCCCAGGGAGAGGAAGGGCAAAGGUCGGAAGAACAGAAUUGGCAACAGCUGCAGGAAAACAGACUAAAAGAAGCAAAACAGGAGCUAGAGGAGAAAAAAAGCCUGGAAGCAGAGGAACAGCCGUGUUGGCAGCUGGAGGCAGAGAAGCCUCUGGAGGAGCUCGAGAGACAGGAGGGACUACAAGAGCGGAGGAAGCAAGAGAUCGAGAAACAGCAUCUGGAGGAAGAAGCCAAGCUCCUGCAGGAGCGCCAGAGACGAGAGGAGACAGAAGAGCAGAAAAGGCGAGAGGCGGAAAAGCAGCUUCAGGAAGAGGAAGAAGCCACGGCACUGCAGGAGCUCCGGAGUCGAGAGGAGACAGAAGAGUGGAGGAAGCAAGAGACAGAAAGGCAAAGGCAGGCAGAGGAAGGGAAGGUCCUGGAGGAGACCGAAGAGCAGGGUGGAAAACAAAGACAGAACGAUGAACUGAAGUCACUAGCAGAGCUCGAAGGACAAGACGUGGGGACAGCGGAACACAGCAAGCAAGAGGUAGAAAAGCAGCUUCAGACAGAAGAAAGGGAAGACGAGUGGCAGCAGUGGGAGAAGGAGGCAGUCCAGGAGCAGAGCAGCCAGGAGGCCCAGAGGCAGCCUGAGUCAGUAGAGGAAAGGCACCUGGAGAGCCCAGCUCAGGGCCACUCCAAAAAGAGCCUGGAGGAACAAAAAUGCCCCAAGCAUGAAGGCCGCGAAAGAAACGAAAGAAACGUAAGGGGACUGCAGUUUGGAGAGAAGCGGAGCCCCCAGGGAGAGGAAACAGGGGAGGAUGGUCACAGAGGUGCUCCUCUGCUUCAGGAAGAAAGAGGAGGAACUCAACAGGGCCGUCCCCAGAAAGAAAAGAGGCAGCCAGAAGAUGAGCCAGCUCAGGGGGAGAAGAAAGAAACUGUUACCCUGAAGAAGGAUCAGAUCGGGGAGGAGCUGAGAUGGCAAGAGGUUGAGGAAAGGCAAUCCAUGCCCAGACCAUAUACAUUCCAAGUGUCAUCAGGAGGAAAACAAAUCCUAUUUCCCAAAGUCAAUCUGAGUCCAGUGACGCUUGGGAAGGAGUCAGGGCUUCCGUCCAUCUCACAAGAGCCCAAGGCCAGUAAGUCCAGUAAGGCCUCCCACCCUCUCCCUUCUUCGCUAAGCAUUCCACACACGGCAAUCCUGGUUACUGGAGCACAGUUGUGUGGCCCGGCCGUCAACCUAAACCAGAUCAAGGACACAGCUUGCAAGACUUUACUGGGCUUGUCAGAAGAAAAAAAGCACAUGGAUAUUCCUGCUUUAGAAAACACGCCACGAAGCACUCACGAUGCAUGGGCAGCCAGUGGAAAGGCCAAGUUUCCUCAGGAGUCUCCAAGCAGUAAGGCUGCCUUAGCUGAGUGGGAAUCUAUUCGUUCGAGAAUCCUGAAGAAUACCGAUAAUGGCCAAGUUGGUGAGAGGGACCUGUUAAGGCACAGUGGGGACAGUGCUUCCAAAGGCAGGUCUGAUUCCCGGGGAAACCUCAGGAAAACCUUAUCAGCAAAUGCAAAAUUCUCCAUCAUGCCUGCCUGGCAGAAAUUCUCUGAUGGUGGCAUUGAAGGCCAAAAGCAGAAUGCUGAAAACCUUAGGAAUAAGCCUGGGCUGGGACCCAGCGAAAGAGUAGAGGUCCAGCCUCCUGCUGGUGGACACCAAAAAAUUCCCGAGAGAACCGGGAUGCAGCAGGAGCCGACUGACACUGCAGAGGGAUGUAAAUUUGCCAAAGAUCUUCCAUCUUUCCUUGUCCCAAGUUCACCUCUUGCUCUACAGAAAGCCCUGGUCCAGCCAGACUCAGCAGCUUCCUCUGAAAGCGAGACAAGCUGUGUGGGGAAAGCGGAGGAUGUCAUGCCACGUGGGGAGGAGAGCACAUCGCCUUUUGGGAUAAAGCUGAGAAGGACCAAUUAUUCCUUGCGUUUUCACUAUGACCAGCAAGUGGAACAGUCAAAGAAAAAAAAGAGGCAUAGUACCGGUGACAAUCCUGAGGGGGCAGCAUCUGUACUGAAGGAUAACGCUGGGGAAAAAGAAAUUAUCAUUGUCAAAGGCAGCACAUCACCUACCCAGGAGAAAAAGAACAACCCCCUGCGUUUGAAAGACUCCCUAGACAGCCUUGGGCGACACCCAGCCCAGCCAGCACCCCAGCUCCCCAGCAGCCACAUUCCUCCUCUGGAUCAUGACAAGCCAGGGGCUAAAUCACCACUGCCGCAGAAGCCAGCCCUCGCCCCCAAACCCACCAGUCAGACCCCACCAUCCUCUCCCCUUUCCAAAAUGGGAAGGCCAUUCUUGGCCGAGCUAAUCUCCAGGCGGACAGUGAAACCAGACCAGGAUGCCAGCGAGAAGCUACAUGGGGGCAAGGACAGCGGUGAUCUUCAGCUACCACCUGUCCCCCUCACUGAGAAGAGAAAGGAAGAGGAGGAAACAGCAGAGAAAAAAUCCCCCUCUCCAUUGGUCUCUAUCUCCCAGCAAGAGAAACCUGAGAAAACCCUCGAGCCUGGGAAAAAAGAAAAACCAGUGCUCCAGAGCUGGCACUCUUUAGAAGGCUCAAAAUCGAUGGAAAAAACUGAGACUGCCCAGCCACAGUGGGUUACAUUAGCACUACAAAAGCAAAAAGGAUUCAGGGAGCAGCAGGCUACCAGAGAGGAGAGAAAGCAGGCCAGGGAGGCCAAACAAGCAGAAAGGAUAUCUAAAAACAAUGCUGGAGUCAGCCAGCAGCCUGAAAGCAGCAAUAUUAGCAGGAUAGGUUCCCUCCAUAAAUCUACUGCUCAGGAAGAUGAGAAGAAGAUUGAGACAGCUGUGUCUAGGCUAGAGCGCAGAGAGCAACUGAAGAAAUCCAACACUCUUCCUACAUCUGUGACAGUGGACAUCUCAGAUUCUGCUAUGCCUGCAUCAUUGGUGAAAGAAGUCCCGAAGAGAUUCUCCACACCAGAUGCUGCCCCGGUGUCAACAGAACCAGCCUGGCUGGCCUUGGCCAAAAGGAAAGCAAAGGCCUGGAGUGACUGUCCACAGAUCAUUAAGUAGUCACUUGUGCUUAUUUGUAUUGCUUACUGACAACUCCUCCUUUGCCCUUUUUAUUUAUUUUUUUACACAGGGCGAAGAACUUGAGCAGGAAAACAAGCAUGUCCUACAGGAUCCAAAAUAACUAUUAGAAACCGAACUGUUGUUUCUUUAUGUAAUUCACUAUUUAGAAAAAAAAAAAA